AUGGCACCGCGCCUGGCCCUCUGGCUGGUCGCCUGUUUGGGCGUCUGUGCUGGCAGGCUUGCGGCCGUUGGGGCCGCUCCUGCCCCUCACGCGACCCAGGAGCCGGAGAUUGUGACCUUGCCGCAGAGCAUCACCCUCUAUUAUCAUCAGCUUGCCAGCUCAUGGGCCCCACGGCCGGAUACCAUCCUCGGCAAUGCCCCGGUGUUCCAUGGGAGCGAAGGAACAUCGCUUGCUCGCGUGGAUCCGGCGAACGCCUCAGUGAUGGUGGUUCACCAGCGGGAGAUGGAUCUCUCCGACCAUUCUGACCAUCGGUUGGGUGGAAGUUUCGGCCUGGUGACCCCCCUGCGGUUCGGGCCGGUUGCCACUUUCAAUCCGCUGACCACCCGGCCGGUGGUUUCGCCCAGUCGCGAUGGCCCGAUGUUGCUCUUUUUCAUGGAGAACUCCAUUCAAGCCUUGAUCGAAGGCACCUGGCAGGGCCAUAGCUUGAGCCCCUCGCAGUCCAUCUUGGCAUGGCAUUCCUUGGGCUCGAAGUUCCUGCAGGUGUUGCUGUUCGACUCGUCCAGCGACCAUCUCCUGGUUCUGGCCCUCUCGCAUGGACAGUCACCUGCUGUCUUGCCGGCGAUGGGCCUUUCGCCCGGGGUCGCCAGGGAGCGUCUGCAUGCGGUUUCCGGUGUUGGCCCAUCGUUUGUCUUUUGGUUUGACGAUAUCUUCGGUGUGGUGGCCCUCCCAUGGGGAGGCGCGGUGAUUUUGGGAAGCAGCGACACCCCCCCGGGGGGGACUAUCGUGGAUCUUGCCGCCUCGACCAUCCUGAACUCCGACCAAGGCGACAUUGCCCUCCUGCAUCAGGACCGGGUGUCAGUCUGCUUGAAUCACACACCCCUUGCCGAGUGUGAGACGUGGUUCCAUGUGGCCCGUCCCCCGGGGCUGAUGCCUGGCUCGGCGGCUCGCUUGUACCUGCCUGCUCCGGGGUCCCUGCAUGAGCCCGUCAAAUCGAUCCUCUUCCAGGACACCGGUACCGGGCAGCUGUGGUGGCUGCACUUUGAUACCCUCCGGCGAUCGCCCUCCAGCUGGCAGCGGCUUCUCCUUCCAAAUGGCCUCGCCCUGUCGGAAAUAGUGGCCUUGCGCCCGGUACGCCUGGCCAUCCGGCCUGGCUUCUCGACCUGGGGUGUUGGCAAUGCGGUCGAUGCGUUUGUCGCCUCCGGCGACUUCCUGUGUAUCGAGGAUUCCAGUAUCCUGUGCGGCCGGCCGAGCGAGCCUCGGGGCUAUGCAUGUGCCCCUGGCUGGGCUCCUUCGCAUGGGCUCUUCCCCGGGCAGCUGUGCGGUGCUUGUCUCUCGGGCCACCGUCGAAUCGGCCAGUAUGGCGCCCCGGCCUCGUGCAGCCCCUGUGCCGGCCCGCAUUGUCGCCAGUGUCUCGACCACCAAGGCUGUGUUCUAUGUGAGGAGGGUUUUGUGCUUUUCCUCGACCCCAGCACCAGGGUGAGCACCUGUUUGGAUUCCUGCCCGGCGGGCUAUUCCUCCAUGGCCUCGGGCGGUUGGCGCUGCCUCCCGACCGAUCGAGCCAUUCCUCCCCCGGGCAUCCGGCCGCAGACCAUUGUCUUGUCGGACUUCCCCGCUUCCCCGGUGGAAUUCUUUGUCCCGAGUUUGCUUUGCUCUGUCAACGGUGUGAUGCACUUGCUGCCGGAAAACCGCAGCCCCUCGCUGCUGGAGCAAAAUCUCCUCGCCUUCCGGUCGACCAGCCAAAGUGCCCCCCUGUGGAUUCGGGUUGCCCAUGACGGGAGCCUCACAUCCUCGACCAUGGAUGGGUGGCCCUUUUCCCAGGCGGGACCCGGGACAUCCCCUCCGGCGGCGCAGUCCUAUGUGGAGGUGGUCCUGGCAUCCCAGGGCUCGGGGCCGCGGAUUCUCAGUGUCUUGUGCGACCGGACCGGCAACCUGCGCGUGGCCCGGAUGGAAUGCCGCCAUCGGCCCCCGACCGAGGAUGAUCCUUGCGAAGUGGCAUACUUCUGGGAAUUCGACAGGCAAGUGGGCUGCCUCUCGGUGGGCCUGCUCGGGAAGGAUAUCGUGUCGAUUGUGAUGACGUCCGAUGUGAAACCCACCCACAUCAUGCCGGUCAGUUCGACUGGCUCGGCCCUCGACCUCUGGCCAUUGUCCGGGAUGCAUGGGCAUCCAGUCGAGUUUCCGGUCGGGUGGUUUCCGAGAGACUCGCCCCUCGGCGACUGGGCCUUUGCCAUGCCGAAGCCCGGGACCCAGGCGCGCGUGCUGCCGGCGGCCAUGCUCCGGAAGAUGGACAGUCGUGUGGCCGGAUUCCCCGGGGCCACCUUGCAUCCUCCUCCCUCGGGCUACGAGCCCAUACUCCUGGCGACCGGCCUUCGACGGUCGGACGGAUUGGGGGAAUUUUUCCUGGCGGGUCUGGCCCAAUCCGGCGACGGCCCCAUGCUUUGGGAGGUGUGGCACUUCCCGGCUCCCGGGCGCGACACCGGGCUCAUUGUGAGCAUGCCUCACCGGCGCGAGAUCCUCGGGCAGCUGCCCAGUGGCUUUUCCCAGCCCGGCGACAAUCCCCAAGGGCGCUUCUUCUCGCUGGCCCUGGCCCCGGAGUCGGAAUACCCGGCUGCCAUGUUGCUUGUCACUCGACGCAUGGUUGGCUGGGCCCGUCUCUACUGCCCGAUGGGGCCCGGCGAGCGGGUCCAUUGUUGGCUCGAGCCGGCCUCCUUCGCGAUGUUGGAUCGGGACAUCAACGCCCUGCCCAUGGUGAAUGUGCUCCCGCUGCCGGCCGGGGUGGCGGAAGCCCAGCUGGGGCCGUCGCCCUCCCGGGCGGUCUUCAUGGCCGAUGGCUCGGCGAAUAUUCGCGUCUUGCUGCUGGACGAUGGGGCCCCAUGUGUCGCUGGCACUGAGGGUCCCCUGUGCCAGCCCUGUGAUUCGCUGUGCCUUGCAUGCUCGGCCUCGGGCCCGGAGGCGUGCACGGCUUGUCGCCUGUCGCCUUUCGAUCGGCCCGGCGUGUGUGUGGAUGCCUGUCCCGAGGGCCUCAUCGAGUCGGGCAACGUGUGUGUCUGCGCCGGCGGGUGCGUGGAUUGCGCGUCGCUUGGACACCCGCACGAGGAAUAUCACUGCCGGGCAUGCCCGCCGCGGAUGGCGCCCCUUGGGGGCACUUGUCAACCGUGCCAUUCCUCAUGCACGAUAUGCACGGCCCCCGGCAAUCCGAGCGCGUGUGUUUUCUGCUCGGUCGGGAGUUUCGGCACGCUCGAUGGUCGGUGUCUGGCGAGCUGCCCGGAAGGCACCUGGGCCGAUAUACCCAAUGCCGCGUGCUGGCCAUGUCCCACCGGCUGCACACAGUGUGUCUCGGGAAGCCAGUGCACCGUGUGCUCCGAUCGGCGCUUCCUUGCUCCUGGAGGCCAGUGCGAGCGCUGUGAAGACUCAUGCGCCUCGUGUGAGAAUGCGGCCAGCUGCACCGACUGCCAGCCGGGAUUGGUCUUCCUCGAUACCAAUCCCAUGGUGGCCUCCCUUUGUGGGAGCACCUGCGCACCGGGCGAGUAUGUCGGCACGGAGCGAUGCAUGGCCUGCGGGCCGACGUGUGCCCUGUGCGCCGGGGCCGGCGAUGCGUGUGCGGUGUGCGCGGCCGGACACCGGUGGUCGGGUGCCCCGCCGGCCGCCGGCGCCACCGGCGCCUGCGUGCCCUGUCCGGAUGGGUGCGAUUCGUGCACGGCCUCCCGGUGCCUGGCCUGUGAGCAGGGGCUCUUCCUGGACCGGCAUGAGGGUUGCGUCCAAGCAUGCCCCCUGGGCACCUACAACGACGGCCCCACAGGGACCUGCCAGCCGUGCGACGUGUCGUGUGCGGCCUGCGCCGGGGGCCUGGCCGGCGAGUGCACGGGCUGCGCCGCCGGGCUGGAGCUCGUUGCCACCGAGCCGGGGCUGGGCACCUGCCCCCCGGGACAGUAUGCGGCCGAUGCCGAGCUCGGGGGCCAGGUGUGCCGGGCGUGCGACGGCACAUGCCUCGAGUGCUCCGGGCCCGGCCCGGCCAAGUGCUCGGCGUGCCCGCCGGGGCUGAUGCUCCAUGAGGGCCGGUGCGUGGGGUCUUGCCCGGUGGGCAUGUUCGAAUGCCUGCUGGCCGGGCGGUGCGAGGCCUGCCCGGCCGGGUGCACGGCAUGCACCGUGGCCGAGGAGAGCCCGGUGGGAUGCGCGGCCGCCUGCUCGGCCUGCCAGGGGGGCCUCUUCCUGUCCUUUGCCACGGGCGAGUGCCUGCCUGGCUGUCCACCCGGGGAAUAUGCCUUGGCCGGGGCAUUCUCUUGCGCCCGGUGCCAUGCCAGCUGUCGGAGCUGCUUCGAGAGGGAGCAAUUCUGCACGAGCUGCCCCUCGGACGAGGCGUGGCUCGACUACGAGGCCGGCGUGUGUCUGAGUGCGUGUCCGGAAAGGCCCGUGGCGGAGGUGGAAUUCCCGAAUGCGCUGCCGCCGGCCCCGAAGCGCGCAUGCCUGCCCUGUCCGGAUGGAUGCGAUCGCUGCCGGCCCCGGUCGCCUGUGCCGGAGUGUGUGUUCGAUGCGACCGGCGGCCUCGGCUGUCCGGCGAUGGCAUCGUGCGACCUCUGUGCCACGGGGCUGCUGCUUCUGCAGGGCUCGGCAUGUGUGAGCGUGUGUCCGGAGGGCUUUUUCGCCGACGUCGCCGAGGUCCCGCCGACUUGCUCGCCGUGUCACAGGAAGUGCUCCAGUUGCGUGGGCCCCGAGGCGGAAGACUGCACGGACCGGUCCCCGGGAUCCCGUCGUCUCGCUCUCGGCUUGGGCAUCGGCCUCGGUGUGUUGCUUGUCCUGCUGCUGCUUUUGGUGGUGCUCUUCCUCCUGUGGCGCGUUCGCCAGCAACGCAGCGCCCUCAACAAGCCCCCUGCUGGGGAUGAUGAAAAUGCCACGGUACUCAAUACGAUGGUGGAGUUGUCGCUGCCCGGGAGCAUUCUGGUGGACAUUGGCCAGAAUUUUGCGCCCCUGGCCGGGGAUGGCCUCGGCGCCGGGACCCAAGCGCGUGUGUUUGCCGCGCGCGCUGUCGGUGCCGGGACCUCCGACCGGCUGGGCUGUCCGGCGGUGGUUGCCAUCAAGCAGCUGAAAACCGACCGACUGACGGCGUCGCAGGGGCUGCUCUUCCAGAAUGAGGUGGCGCUGAUGUGGCUGCUCCGGGACCAUGGGAACAUCGUCCGGCUGUAUGGCUACAGCGAGACCCCGCCGGCCAUCAUCAUGGAUCGCUUCGACACGGAUCUCGGGCUGCUGCUUCACUCGGAGGCGGUCAUCGAGGAUGCCGUCCUCCUGGAUAUCAUUCAACAAUGGGCCACCGGCCUGGAGGCGAUGCAUACGCAGGGCGUGGCCCAUCGAGAUCUGAAGCCGGGCAAUGUGCUUGUCAGCCAGCGCCCCGGCGGCCGGUGGCAUGCGGCCCUCGGCGAUCUGGGCGCCAGUCGGAAUCUCAAUACCGACCGGUCCUCGGCCCUGGUCACCGAUGCCCCUGCGCUGAAUGCCCUCACGGCUCGGUACGCGGCGCCGGAGGUUUUGACCGCCGUCCAGCGGCGCCGAGGCCUGGAAAUGGAGCUCCUCCUGCCGGCGGACAUCUUCAGCGCGGCCAUCAUGCUUUGGGAGUGCCUCACUCGGACAACUCCCUGGGCCGGGAAAACCUUUGAAGAGAUCACCGCCGAUGUGUUGUUCGGGCACCGGCCGGACCUGGGCGCCCUCCGGACCGAAUCGAACACCCCGCAGGUGGAUCUCCUCCAGAUGGCCUGGGAUGCCAAUCCCCAUGUGCGGCCGGUGGCCGCCUCCUUCCGGCAAAAGUGCGCCAUGCAGGCGGCCCUUCAUCGCUGA